UUUCCAACGACGCCGGGUCAUAUGUGCCGUACAGUUUAUAAAUGAGCAUUGGAAAUAAAAAAUAUUCUCAGAUCUCUAGUUUCAGGCCUAAUGAUAGAGAUGUACCCCGAGCUCCUGCGCUGCCAAAUAGAACUUCAGCACGUAGUUGGCAUAAAAGCGAAUCAAGUAGUAAAGAAAUGAAGAAGUUAAGCAAAGAGCUGCCUCAUGUAAAAAGUUGUGCUUCGAAAUGCCAACAAAGUAAUCAGAAACAAUUAGUAAACAUCACACCAUCUGCUUGCAUAUCCAAGUUCUCUCUUAAAUCGGUUAACGACAAAGAAAUCAAGCAUUUAAAUUUUAAUAGAAUAACAAACAUUCAAAUUGAUGUAAAACCGUCCACUACUUAUACUUCAGCCGCUACAAAUAAUACACAUAGGUUAAGACGUUCAAUAAUUCGAAAAGAUGAAAAGGAUUUUUUAAGCAGUUUUGAGAAAAAAUAUUCUAUACACAAUUAUAAUCCUUUAAAAUUAAAUAAUAACUGUCAUAUAAGUAAACCAGAUUACAAACAUGCUCUUAGCUUGACAACUGGCAAGUCAGAACUGGUAAAAAAGGUGUCAGUUAAUCAAUCUGAUCAUUCUAAGUGUAGUAAUUAUCUUUCAUUAAAUGGAAGUCAGUUAUCUUCAUGGUUAUUGCAGUGUGACAAUGCUUCUACGACAUUACAUAAUAAAAAAGAAGCGAUAGAUUCAACUCCACGAGGAUACGUCAACAGCUAUUUAUCUUCACAGCCUUUUAUAAAACAAUCAACUAAUGUAGUAGUUGGGUCAGGAAAGAGCAUUGAUUUCAAUGAGCAGAAAUCAAAUGGGAAAGCUAAACGUGUUUCAAAUGAGUUGAAUACAAUCAGUUCAGGGUAUUCUAUAAAAAAACAUAAUAAUCGCAAUCACAAAACCUACAACAAACCAACAAACAUCAAUGCUUCGAAAUAUUAUCGAUGUUCAGAAAUCGAGCCGAGUGAGCAGUUAAUUGAUAAUGAAUUUGAUGAGAACGUAAAUUCUAGUGCUGCCAAGUAUUAUGAUAUUAACUCUACAAAUGUAACAGAUUGGGGUAGUGUUUCUUCAUCUGAAUGGGGUGAUGAUAUGUGUGAGUUUGAUCGUCAACAAUCUUUCCGUGUACAUGAAAUGUUUGAGGAAAUCGAUCGGAUUUUAUUUGAUAACUCGAAUCUAGAUCUACAAGAUUCAAUACUGAGGUAUACAUCAAUAACAACAACAAAUGUUUACGAUGAACCGUCUCAGCAUAUCAAUACUUCAAAUAUUAUCAAUUCGCCUUCAUGCACGGAUGAUUAUGAUUCAAUGGGUUUAGAUAAUUUUGCGUUAAUGUCUUUAGAUUCAAUUGAAAAUCGAAAUCCACCUUAUCAGUAUCCUGAUCAUCUUAAUUCAUCAGUUACCAACUGUAUAAAUAAUAAUCCUUGUGGAAUUCAAGAUCAUUUAUUUUAUGAAUGUAAAGACUGGUUAUCUCGAUUCCCACAUUUACGUGUUGUUGGUAAACAAAUAAAACUUUCUGAUGAAAAUAAAUCUACUUUUCAUCAUGAUGAUAGUAAUCUCAUAUCAGAGUUCUCUAACAUGAUUAACGUAUCAAGCACAAUCAUGGAUACAUCUCUGAAUAUGAAGAAAGUUAUCACUGACAGAAGGUUAAAUCAUAUACAAAGUAAAACGGGGAAAAUUGAAGAACAUCUUUCUAGUUCACUAACAUCCACUAACUGCAUGGAGGAAGAGAUAUUCGCUAUAGAUGGUGAGUAUGAAGAAUUUACGGAUGGUGUAACCGUAAGCAGCAAAUACAAUCCAACUUGCAACAUCGAACAAAGUAAACAAUUAUCAUCAUACGAUCAUACGCAUAUUCAAGAUAAAUUGUUAUUUGAUGGUAAAGAGCCUAAGAUUUCGAAGUCCCAUCAAAGUAACAAAAAUCAUGGUCAUCAUAAGUAUCACGGUUAUCAUCAUUUUAGACAUAAACACAAAGAAAAAUCGAAUCCUGCUCCAACACAUUCGAAUUCAGAAGAAUAUAAUGACAAAUUAUGCAUCUUACCUGAUGCAGUAUCUAAUUCGUGUUUCCCUUCAUCGCCUUGCAUAGCAUUGGAAAGGGUUAAGCAACCUGAUAGUUUGGAUAAUUGUCAUUCGGAAAGCGACUUCACUUCCCCACUAUUAAAUUCAGUUGAAAUGAUUCUUAGAAUAAUAUCUCAGCAGUUAUGGAAUGAUCUUACACAGUGGAUGAAGAUGUUAUUAUCUGAGAAUACGUUUCCGAACUUAAACAAAUAUGAAACUAAUGGAAUUAGUCAGAAAGCUUCUCACAGUCCAUUUCAAUCUCAUCUGCUACACGAUACCACUUUUUCACGAUGCGAUUCAUCAGUUGGUGAUGCACAAAAUCCAUCCGCUUUGCCAUCGUUUCGACUAUUUAAACAAACAAAGCAUUCUAAUUCAGAUACACCAAAUUGCCUCAUCGGUCAACACGCUGUACAAACUCAUGAGUCAAAUAUUGAACUUGCCGAUCUAUUGCAAAUUUCAACCAAAACACUUCAAACACGUGAAAAGUCGUUAGUUCAGGAAAAUAUUGAUCCUUUUACUAAAAUACAGUACACUGGAAGUAACACAAUUUUGAAAGACUCUACAAAUAAUCAUUCAAUAUCUUCUGUAGGUGGUUCACAGUUGACAUCAGUGACUAUGACAACCAUUACUACAACAUUAUCUCGUAUAAGUCCCCAAUCUAUUGGAACUAUUUCUAUCAACAGGCCAAUAUCCAGUUUAAACAAUAAAUCUGCAACCAAUGUUCCACGUAAAUUUAUCCUUACGUGUAAUAAUUCUGUGCCUGAAAUAUCUCAUCAUAGCAGAACCAGUGGAGUUGCUGUUAUUGGUGUUGCCGCUAACUUAUACCAUAAUGAAAAACUUGCUCCAUUAGAUAGAUUACGUACACCUCUACCACCACAAUACUCUUCUAUAUCGGAGGAACCAUUGUUUAGCACAGUAUCAUCAACAACCGCAAACAUACAUUUUACAAAUACAGAGACUUCUCUUAACUCUACCUGUUCGGCAAGUUUAGCAAAAUGUCAUAAUUUAAAUGUUAGUCAGUUACUGUCCCCUGUAACAGUAAGUAAUGCCUUAACUUCACUCCCACUAGUAAUAACAACAACAAUACUGCACACCGUACCUAAUUCAAUAAACAGCAGUAGCCAAAUUCUGUCGGUGAAUACAACCAGUAUGAUGAAUGAAACUACAAGUUCAGGGAAUUUCACGUUACCCCCGUUGUCUAAUCCAAUAAACAUUUUAUCAACCGUCACCACAGCUAUAUGUUUUCCUCCAUCCAACUCUUUAAAUAUAGAAUCAAGCCUGCCAAAUCCAAAGAUUAAUUUAUUUACAAAUAAUAAAACUGGAUUUGGAAUAUAUCAAGGUAGUGAACAAAGUAACCAGCAUACAACACAUUUGCAUAAAAAAAUAUGUGAGAAUUUAGUUGCGAAACAGAACAACAUUAGCAAUACUCUUGGGAACACAUCUAUUUUUACACAAAGAAUUCCAUCGAAAUCGUCUAUGCAUUGGAAUCAAAAUUCUCCAAAGCAAGCUUCAUUUCCUUUACCACCUAUUGAUAUAUUUAAAGACCGAUUUGGAAGAAAACAAAAGCUAUGGCGACCAUACAGUUCAAGACCGUUAUUAUUAAAUAAACCAAUUACGAAUCCUUCUAGUAUGUUGACAAGAGCUUGCUCAACAUUGUUAAUUCAAAACCCUGAAAUUUAUAAUGACUCAUGCUCAAUAAAAAUAAGUCCAGCAAUUUUUAUUGGCUCUACAACUAACCCCAUAAGAGGUAAUGAUGCAGUUACACGUUAAUGAUUACAUCCAAAUUAUUAUUAACAUGAAGUUAAGCAGAGAUGUGUUCGUGAGUGAUCGAGCCAAGCAAAGGAUAUCUUCAUCUUCAGGCGUUUCAAGAAAGGAAACUAUAAAACAGUUUUACGUUUGUUGCAGGUAGAUAGAAAGAAUAAUCUUUAUGAACCGUUAUAUAUAUAAUGUGCAUUUUCACAUAUGUAUAUCCACGUAUUACUAAUCACAUUUAUUAUUCUGCAACUGACCAUGUAUUUGAGUUUAGCUGUAAAUAAGAAAUCAACGUAUUUAAAUCAUUUAUGAACCGAGAAAACUAAUUAAAUAUGUAUUUUUUUAAACUUGUUUAAACUCAUUUGUGUCAAGACAUGUAUAUAUUAAAAUAUAUAUUGUCUUUAAUAAUUAUGUAAUUAUGCAGUCAGUUGAUUACAUUUAAUGGUAAAAUUAGAGAGCAGCUGAUUACAGAUUGGUCCUCGUAAUCAGAACCUAAUAUUAACCAGUAACGACUAAUGAAAGUGGACACCGAUAACUAUAAUAUACAUAUAAGAGAAUAGUAUUGUUUGUGAUCAGAUUUUUGCCAGGUUUUGUUUACUCUGAUUUGAAAUAAUAUGUUUAUCCAUAUAUUUAAAAAAUAUUAAACAAGUCUAAGCGCUUGGUGAGUUAUUGACUACAACUAAAUAGACUACAUAACCAUUCGUAAUAAAUAGAAAGUAUGCACUGAUAGUAAGAUGACAUCGGCAUCUGUAGUGAUUAAAACAAUAACAAUAAUAAUUUCAGCAGAGGAAGUAUGUUGAAACUUGAAAAAAUCGUAUGAUAAAAUGUAUAUGGAUAAUCAGUUCAAAUACUUAGGUAGUAAAUAUCAGAUGAGAAAGAGAUCAAGCGAAUCAAGGGUUGAUGUAAAAAAAAUAGUCUAAUCGCCUACUAGACGUUUUCUAACCAUAGAGUGGAUAACGUCAUUGCAAGUCUUUUCGAUACAAAGAUUAGAGUUGCUAGCUUGGAUAUUCAUAGUCUCUCCUGAAGGUAAAAGGCGAGGUCGCAUCCUAUUAGGAAGACUUGAGGGUAUACUAUGAAUACUUCGAUUUUAUCGAGCACAUGACCACCAUUUAUCAAGUGUGACAGGAAAGUUCUGCGUAUAGAUUUUGUCUGACCGUUUACAAUGAGAGAUGCUCGCCAACCUGCUAGCCAAUUUGACUGUUAGUGUGGCCAUAUGACUUUCUCAACAUGACUAGCUGAACUCAUAAAUACAUAUUGAGACGAUAAGACUAGGUAACAUAUUCUUCAAUUAAGGAACUGGUAAACGACAAAUAGAUAUUAUGUGCACACGAUGUCUUUUUCACAGCCCUGCUUAAUCUAUCGUAUCAGACAUCACUAGUUAUAUUGCCGUUAUAUUGUAGCUUCAGGAAGAAAGGGUCUUUACAAACAGCUCAUGGAUUUGACUUCCUCUUAGUUGUUGAUAUAUGCUUAUUCAUAAGACUCUGUGAGUAACCUAUUCUAAUUAACAAAUUAUGUAUAACCGCAGUUCUUUAUUUUUAGCGUCGUAUGAGCAUUUGCUCUGUUUGAAAGGCAUUUAAUUCGGUUUCUAUUGUAGUGUAUAGGUAAGAAGUUAGAAACCACUGCGUACCAACACUCAAGUAAACGUUAACUAUGAGCGCCGCUACUGACAAACUCAUUUUCCUUUCAGUUUAACAAGACGUCGAAGAAGUGCUAUUUACUGUCAAGUUCCUCACGAGUAAACAUGUUUGUCGAGAGAACACUGUGAAUUUACCCUACUAUUUCUCAUCGAAUACUCUAAUAGACGUUGAUCAAUAUAUAAUCCAACCUACCAGCAAUCUCCUUAAUAUAUUCAUUUAAUUUUGCAAGAAAAAAGUCAAGUAAGAUAGAGCCUAAACGUGAUCCUUUAUCUAUACUAUCAAUUUGUCUUCCACAAUUUGUUUUAGAAGGAAUGAACGUAUAUUGUGUAUCUUUAAUGUAAUUAUUUGAAGCUAGCCUUCGAAAUUCUAAUAUUGGUUUUCCUGAUAGCCGUUAAAACACAAUCGACUAUCUCAAUUAUUAAUAAGAAACUGUUCACUUAAAUGUCUUGUUCUAACGUAAAUUUAUCAUGCUAUACAAUGCAGUCGUAGAGUUUGCAGUAAUACUAAUAGCUAAGUGACUCAACACUACAAUUUACCUUAUUUUGUUCAAACUUAAUGUGUCCAAACUAUAUGUCCCUGCUAUACGUGGAAAUCACGAUUUGGUUCUCCGAUUUUUUCUGCCCCUAAUUCAUAAGACCUUUGAAUCCAUAACUAAAAGUGAUUGGUUUUUGUCUUUGAGAUAGCAUGCAUAUUUUAGAGGUUUUUUUACCUUUAUCUAUCACUAUACUAUAUUUAAACCGAUAAAUAAUAUUGCUAGAAAUUAUAGAUAUGCGGAGUUUGAUAUUUUAGGUUGCUAUGUCGAAUUUUUUAGUGAUGAACCAGAGAUUGAUUUGCAUUUAUGCUUUCUUAUAUCAUUCGUUCAAGAGCUUUCAGCAAUAUUUGAGCUGGUACUUGGAUUGUUUUUCUGGAGAUUUCUGAAGUAGUAUUUUCAUGGGGCAGUUUGAGUUGAUCGUUGAAGUAAUGUAUAUUUUCUUAGUAUCUUACAAUCUGUAUCUUUCGGACUGAUUACUGCAGUUACUGUUUGAAUUUAUACUUUUUUACCGUUUACUAAUAGUUUUUACUGAUACUUAGCAAUAUUUUCUAUAAAUCAACACGUUGCAU